CUACAGGCACACCAUCGGUGGCCAUAACCAUCAACACUACCACCAGUGCCGCCGGCAUUAAUACGGCUACGACAAUGGCGGCCGUCAAACGUGAACCGAUAACAGCCACUGGCGGCGGMGGCUGCGAGCCUAAGAUAGGCUUCAGUAUUGACUCUAUAGUGAACAGUAAGACAACAACAACAAGCCGUACGCCUACUACUACUACUACUACUGGUGCUACUAAUCUAUCGGACAAUAAUCAUCGGCUCAGCCCUACAACAGCUACAGCCCAACUGCUAAGCGCCGGCCAUAGACUGUCCGCUAAUAACAACAACAAUAAUAAUUACUAUUCAAAUAAUAGUAGCAACAAAUCGGCAGCCAAUAGAUCGCCACCGCCGCCGCCGCCGAUAAGUUAUGUGCGGCCAAACACUACACCGCCAUUGAUGGCCAACAACCGAUUGUCGCCAACACAGCUAUCGGGUGUGUCAUCGAAUCGGUCGUCGCCGCAGAUCAGUAGUCCGUCGCCGCCGUUGUCGAUGAUGUCCAACGGUGGCGGUGGUGGCAGGGGUUCGGCUACCAGUCCUUUUAGCGCCGCGGCCGGCACCACAUCAUCGGCGGCUGCGGCCGCCAUCGAUCUCCAUAACCCGCGUCUGACCUAUCCGUCAUCGGGUGCGGCGUCGGUCACUAGUUCGGCAUCGAUGACCACACAUCAUCCGCUAAUGAUGAUGGGUCAUCAGGGGUCGGCAGCAGCAGCGAUGGCUGGCCAUCCGUUUUCUGCACAGUCCCUAAUGAUGGCAGCCAUGGCCUCGGCCUCAUCGUCACCCGUAUCUCAUCAGCACCAGCAGCACAACACCAACACCAACAACAGUCCCUAUCAUCACCCGUCGUCACAGAUGGCCGCCUACUAUCAGCACCUGAGUCUGAUGCGGGCCCACCCGUUUGCCAGCCGGUUGUCCGCAUUUCACGGCCAUAUGCCUGGUAUGAUACCUAUGGACGCGGCCACUGCUGCCGCUGCCGCCGCCGCUGCUGUCGGAGUUCACGGCCAGUUUGGUUCGGCCGCCGCCGCUGCCGCACACUUUGGACCGAUGGCCGGUAUACCGGCAUUUUUGACCCCGUUUUUUCGUAAACCCAAACGUAUUAGGACGGCCUUCAGCCCGAAUCAGCUGUUAAAGUUGGAGCACGCGUUUGAAAAAAAUCAUUACGUGGUGGGUGCCGAGCGCAAGGAGCUGGCCAGGUCACUGAGCCUAUCGGAAACACAGGUUAAAGUCUGGUUUCAAAACCGCCGAACAAAACAUAAGCGUCAAAAGGAUGAAAACGGCGAACCGUGCGAUGAUAGCGACGGCGAGCACCGGGAGGUCGACGACGACGACGACGAUGACGACGACAUAGAUGAUGACGACUGUUUGGACAAUAAUGUCAACCAUCGUAUGGUUGAUGGCAAUGAUAGCGAUGGUGGUGUUGGUGUUGGUGGUGGGGAUAGGGAUGUCAUGAGACACCAGAGUCAUCAGAGACGACACAAAACGCCGAUACCAUCAUCGGCCGAUAUUAUCAACAAUAGUAAUCAUAAUAAUAAUAAUAAUAAUAAUAAUAGUUAUAGUUAUCAUAGGUUACAUAAUAAUCAUCAUAAUAUCAAUGAUAUGUAUUUGUAUUUGUAUUAA